AUGGCGUGGACCAAACCGAACGUCGCGCAAGCGAUGCAAUCACUCCGCCUAACAGCCCUCCCAAAACCAACCUCCCGCCUCUCCACCCUCCAAACCCACGCCCGCAACAGCCGCAGCUACGCAACAGAAGCCGAAGCAACCAAGACACCGGCACCGGCAGCCCAAGAAAUCAACUUCGGAACCUUCUCCUCAAAGCCCGCCCGAAUCAUCCCCGCCUCCCCAGCCUACUUCUCCGGCAGCCCCCGAUUCAUCGACCACGUCCUGAAGCUGGAAUCCCUGCAAGCGAAAUACGCCUCCCUGCCCACAGUAGUAGCAGGCGAAGCACCCCGCAUGGCAUGGUUCAAGCUGGCCCAGUUCCGCGACUACGUGGGCGAGCCAGUCCCGAUGAAGAAAUACAAAUCCCUCGUCAAGAUCCUGCAGCGUCUCAACCGCAUCCAGCCAGACGUUGUCCCGGCCGAAGUCCGCGAAACGCUCGGUUCUUUCCUCCGUCCUGGAAAUCCGUAUGCGGUGCAGAACGAGCCGGCUACGCUUGAUGAGAAUGGGCGUGCGCGUGGUAAGGGGAAGAGGAAGGAGUCUUCGGCUGUUGUGCAGCUUGUUGAGGGUGAGGGUGAAGUGCUGAUUAAUGGGAAGAGUCUUGUUGAGGCGUUUAAGCGUGUUCAUGAUCGUGAGAGUGCGCUUUGGGCGCUGAGGUGUACGCAGCGUAUGGAUAAGUAUAAUGUUUGGGCUACUGUUCGCGGUGGCGGUGUUACUGGUCAGGCUGAGGCUGUGACGUUGGCUACUGCGAGGGCUUUGAUGGUUCAUGAGCCUGGUUUGAAGGGUGUUCUUAGGAAAGCUGGUGCUAUUACUGUCGAUGCUCGUCGUGUCGAGAGGAAGAAGCCUGGUCAUGUCAAGGCCCGCAAGAUGCCUACCUGGGUCAAGCGUUAA